AAACUCUACUUUGCCAAUUUGUCUUCAACCAAGUGGAAGCUCACCCCAAAAAAUGGCAUUUUCUGGAACGUGGCAAGUCUACUCCCAGGAGAACAUUGAAGAUUUUAUGCGAGCUCUCUCUCUUCCAGAAGACGUGAUAAAAGUUGGAAAAGACAUCAAGCCAACCAUUGAAAUCAAGCAAACCGGAGACAACUUUGUCAUUACGACAAAAAAUCCACGCCAUUCAGUAACAAAUCAAUUUACUCUUGGUAAAGAGGCUGAUAUGACCUCCAUGGACGGGAAAAAGCUGAAGUGUACUGUCCAUAUGGAAGAUGGGAAGCUCGUAUGCAAGUUGAAAAACUUUGUUCAUGUACAGGAGGUGCACGGUUCUGAAAUGAUUGAAAAACUUACUGCAGGCACCACUACUAUGAUUAGGAAAAGCCGAAGAAUUUAACCGGAAUGGAACUAAUAUCCUGUGAU